CUCCCCCCUCUUCCAUUCAUCCAGACAUCUUUUUGCUGAUAGUCUCACGAAUUUUCGGCUGUCAAAUUCUAGCAUAUAUCAUUGACUAGUCCAUAGCUCAUUAAUAGCAUAAACCGAGUGUGGGCUCAUCAUUAAUUGUUUCAUCUUAAUCUGAAUUGCCAUUCACUAGCCUAUAAGCUGACAAAAUUCAACCUGUUUCCACAUUGAUAUCGCUUGUUAGUCUAAUGAAUGAUCCGCGCCAUAGUGAUCAGGUUCGAAAAAAAGAGUUCCAACUAUCAAAAGAUGAGUUGGAUGGCGAAACACAAUUUACUCACGACGAACGAGUGACCCCCGAAAAGGCCCCUGUCGGUGACUCCAAAGAGUCGCCAUCGAAUUUACUACCCAACAUAAAAAGCUUUAAUAUCGACAGGUCUAAGUACCAACACUAUGGCCAUAAGUCAUCGAUGAACGCCCAGUCACUAGAAAAAAUCAUCCACGAAGAGAACCUGCGUCCACAAACAAAAAGACUCACUCCUAUUCACCAAUACCAACCGCCAUCACAA